AUGGAGUACCACCACCGGCAUAUGGAGCAGCCUGGUCAGCUGCAGAACCAGUCGCAGUGGGGCUAUGGCUGGGGACCACCAGCACCAGCUCCAGCUCCACCUGCGCCUGCGCAACGUAACAAGAGAACUCACUCUGAGAGUGAAGACGAUGCCUUCUCUGAAGAAAGUAGUAAAGAUGCGACGUCUCCAGGAGGUGACUCAUGUCAGUUGAUGACAAGGAAGCGCCGUCGAGGAGUUAUCGAGAAGAAGCGACGGGAUCGCAUCAAUACCUCGCUGACGGAACUGAAGAGGCUGGUACCAGCUGCCUGACUCGAUACAUUCGCUUAUGACCCCCAACGCUACGCCAUGGACUACCACAACAUCGGGUUCCGGGAGUGCGCAGCUGAAGUGGCGCGGUAUCUCGUCAGCUGUGAGGGUUUAGAUAUUCAAGAUCCCUUACGACUUCGUCUCAUGAGCCAUCUCCAGUGCUUCGCAGCACAAAGAGAAUUAGCUGCAAAGUCAACAAACUGGGGCUAUCCUCAGUAUCCUACAACACCAGUACCUCAGCCGCAACAUGGGUAUACAGACCUGGGAGGACCAAGACAAGACAUACCAGUGACAUCAGCGGCUACCACAGUAGCAGCACCUACUGCCAUGUCAGCGAUAGCUGCUCCCUUAGCAGCUGCUCCUAGUUAUCCUCACUACCCAGCGCCUCCUGCACCUCCAGGACCACCUGGUCCGCAUCCUGCACCUCCAGCUCCUCACUACCCUACUCCAUACCCUCACCAUCCACCUCACCACCAGUAUUCCCAAAACAGUUCGAAGCCCUACAGGCCGUGGGGAGCUGAACUAGCUUAUUAG